AUGUUCUGGUCGCCCUAUUUAGUAAAGACCGAAAAAACUGAUCCGAACGAUAUAACUCGCCCUUUCAACUUAUAUCUUGAUGAAUAUGAUCAAAACUGGACUUCCCAUAUUGAAGAUUUCGAUUACGUGAUCAUCUCCGCCGGGCAAUGGUUCUUCCGACCCACCUAUUUCCACCUCAAUCACAGCCUUGUUGGCUGCCUCUAUUGCCCCGAGGCCAAUGUCACCCACCUGGCAUCAUCUUUCAGCUGUCGACAUGCAUUUCGGACUGCAUUUCAUGCUAUAAACAAAGCGAAAAAUUUCAAAGGUAUAACUUAUCUUAGGACAUUUGCACCCUCGCACUUUGAAGGUGGGGAGUGGGAUAAAGGCGGAGAUUGUACAAGGACGAGGCCUUUCCAGAGGAACGAAACUGUGUUGGAUGAUUUAAGUUCAGAGAUGUAUUCGAUUCAACUUGAAGAGCUAAAGACAGCACAAGAAGAAGGACGAAGAGAUAAUAGGUCGAAAUUUAGGUUGUUUGAUGCAACGAAGCCUAUGUUUUUGAGACCAGAUGGGCACCCUAGCAAAUAUGGGCAUUGGCCUGUACAGAAUGUGACAUUGGCUAAUGAUUGUGUGCAUUGGUGUUUGCCUGGACCUAUUGAUUCUUUGAAUGAUUUCUUGCAAGAAUUGUUGAAAAGGAAAAUGCAAAAUAAUAAGAGAUUGUUAAAAUGA